CACCUCUCACUCUGACGUUUCUUCGUGAAAGCAGAUAUGUCAUAAAUACAUUAAAACAAGCAUUCCCUUGGGGUGUUUGACGGAAAAGACAGGAGUGAGCGGGACUUACUUGAUUAUUUGGGAUGACUUCAGCCCAAUCAGCGUAGUUGGAAGUGCUGUGAUCUUCUCCUGAGCGCCGCUCUUCGUUUGUGACGAUCUUCGGCCCUGCUGUGUUGCCACCGCGCCUCGCCUGACGCCUUCAGCCUGACGCCUGACGCCUUCAGCCCGCAGUAGAGUCCUCGCUGUCGGCGGACGGGAGAUGGGCUGAGGCGGAGCGGGACCACCCCCAGGCGGUUACUGAGGCCACGAACUCGGGUUUUUGGGUUUUUAGGUUUUUGGGCCCGCGCAGGCCAGGGGAAUGUCCCGGCGGCGCCAUGCCUUACGUGGACCGACAGAACCGCAUCUGUGGCUUCCUGGACAUCGAGGAGAACGAGAGCAGUGGCAAGUUCCUGCGCCGCUACUUCAUACUGGACACCCAGCAGGGGAGCCUGGUGUGGUUCAUGGACAACCCGCAGAAUCUCCCAGUGGGUGCAGACUCUGUGGGCUCCUUGAAACUCACGUACAUUUCUAAGGUCAGCGAUGCAACCAAGCUGAGGCCUAAGGCAGAGUUCUGCUUUGUCAUCAACGCCGGGAUGAGGAAGUACUUCCUGCAGGCCAAUGAUCAGCAGGACCUGGUGGACUGGGUCACCGCUCUCAAUAAAGCCACCAAGAUCACGGUUCCAAAAGUGUCCGACGGCCAGCAGAACUCCGAGAACCACAAGUCUUUGCAGGACACGGUGGGACCCAAGAAGCAAGUGUCCUAUAAGACUGAGAUCAUAGGAGGAGUUCCCAUUGUGACCCAGACGCAGCAUGAAGGCAGCGAUGGUGCAGAGAGAGCAGAGCGGGAGGCCAUGCACCGCUCACACAGCCAGCUGCCCUACUUCCUGGGCAGGCCGUCCCAGGACCACACCGUCAUCAAGUCGGGCUACUGCGUCAAGCAAGGCGCUGUGAUGAGGAACUGGAAACGACGAUAUUUCCUCCUGGAGGAAAACUCAAUGAGCUACUUCAAGUCUGAUCUGGAGAAAGAGCCGCUGAGGAUGAUCCCGCUGAAGGAGGUUCACAAAGUGCAGGAGUGCAAACAGAGUGACAUCAUGAUGCGCGACAAUCUGUUUGAAGUCGUCACCACAUCAAGGACAUUUUACAUACAGGCCGACAGUCCGGAGGAGAUGCACAGCUGGAUCAAGGCGGUCUCGGGGGCCAUCGUGGCCCAGCGGGGGCCGGGGAGGUCCGCUGCCACAAUGCGGCAGGCCAGACGGCUGUCUAACCCCUGUAUACAGAGGUAUACGUCUCGAAUUGGGGAGUGCAGCAGCACGAGCACAGCGGGCGCUCCACAUUCUACCGCAGCUCCGCGGGGCCCCCCGUCCCUCGCUCGCCCGUAUCCGCCGUGCCACCCUGCCAGCCAGAGCGGGGGGCCGCCGUUGCGUGCGACCCACGCCCGCAGCCUGGCGUGGGACAGCGAGCACUUCAUGAGCCUGCUGCCUCGGCCCGCUCGCAGCCGCACGCCGGCCCGCCUCUCCUUGCAGGAGGCCCGCCUGGCAAAGUGAGCGCCCGGGAGGAGUCGCCGUGGCGGCGGCGGAGCACCUUCGAGCCGCACGUGCCCGAGCCGCCCUUGGAUUUGGACGAAGCCGACCUGCCGGUGAGCGAGGUCUGAGCUGGACUUGUAACCUUAAUGGCGGACACAAAGACCCUAGAAGCUCCUGGCGCCGUGCUAGUUCUCCUCCACUCAACUGUGCUUGUGUGCCAAAGACCAGCCGGUCUUCUUAGUUACCAUGGCGACCGAUGGAGACUUUUCAAGGUCAGACAACUUGCCCUCGCUUCUCUUCACUUCCACUAGCUGUUUCACCAGAUUACACUUGGAGUGCUGAUGCUCUUCCUGCUUCAGUCCACUCAUUGUGGAGAAAUAGUUCCAGGCUAGGAGGAGGAGGUUUUCUUCACAAUAAAACAGGCUAGGAGGAGGUUUUCUUCACAAUAAAACAGGCUAGGAGGAGGUUUUCUUCACAAUAAAACAGACUAGGAGGAGGAGGUUUUCUUCACAAUAAAACAGGCUUGGAGGAGGAGGUUUUCUUCACAAUAAAACAGACUAGAAAAAGCAAGCAGAGGUUUUCUUCACAAUAAAACAGGCUAAAAGAAGGUUUUCUUCACACUAAAACAGACUAGAAAAAGCGAGCAGAGGUUUUCUUCACAAUAAAACAGGCUUGGAGAAGGUUUUCUUCACAAUAAAACAGGCUAAAAGGUUUUCUUCACACUAAAACAGACUAGAAAAAGCAAGCAGAGGUUUUCUUCAUAAUAAAACCAGCUAAAAGAAGGUUUUCUUCACAAUAAAACAGGCUAAAAGGUUUUCUUCACAAUAAAACAGGCUAAAAGGUUUUCUUCACAAUAAAACAGGCUAGAAGGAGGAGGUUUUCUUCACAAUAAAACAGGCUAGAAGGAGGUUUUCUUCACAAUAAAACAGGCUAGAAGAAGCAAGCAGAGGUUUUCUUCACAAUAAAACAGACUAGAAGGAGGAUGUUUUCUUCACAAUAAAACAGACUAGAAGGAGGAUGUUUUCUUCACAAUAAAACAGACUAGAAGAAGCAAGCGGAGGUUUUCUUCACAAUAAAACAGGCUAGAAGAAGCAAGCAGAGGUUUUCUUCACAAUAAAACAGACUAGAAGGAGGAUGUUUUCUUCACAAUAAAACAGACUAGAAGGAGGAUGUUUUCUUCACAAUAAAACAGACUAGAAGAAGCAAGCGGAGGUUUUCUUCACAAUAAAACAGGCUAGAAGAAGCAAGCGGAGGUUUUCUUCACAAUAAAACAGACUAGAAGCAAGCGGAGGUUUUCUUCACUAUAAAACAGACUAGAAGCAAGCGGGGGUUUUCUUCACAAUAAAACAGGCUUGAAGAAAGUUUUCUUCACUAUAAAACAGCAUAGAAGAAGCAAGCGGAGGUUUUCUUCACAAUAAAACAGACUAGAAGAAGCAAGCGGAGGUUUUCUUCACAAUAAAACAGACUAGAAGAAGCAAGUGGAGGUUUUCUUCACUAUAAAACAGACUAGAAGAAGCAAGCGGGGGUUUUCUUCACAAUAAAACAGGCUUGAAGAAGGUUUUCUUCACUAUAAAACAGACUAGAAGAAGCAAGCGGGGGUUUUCUUCACAAUAAAACAGGCUUGAAGAAGGUUUUCUUCACUAUAAAACAGACUAGAAGAAGCAAGCGGAGGUUUUCUUCACAAUAAAACAGGCUUGAAGAAGGUUUUCUUCACUAUAAAACAGACUAGAAGAAGCAAGCGGAGGUUUUCUUCACAAUAAAACAGACUAGAAGAAGCAAGCGGAGGUUUUCUUCACAAUAAAACAGGCUUGAAGAAGGUUUUCUUCACAAUAAAACAGGCUUGAAGAAGGUUUUCUUCACAAUAAAACAGGCUUGAAGAAGGUUUUCUUCACAAUAAAACAGACUAGAAGAAGCAAGCGGAGGUUUUCCUCACAAUAAAACAGGCUUGAAGAAGGUUUUCUUCACAAUAAAACAGGCUUGAAGAAGGUUUUCUUCACAAUAAAACAGACUAGAAGAAGCAAGCGGAGGUUUUCUUCACAAUAAAACAGGCUUGAAGAAGGUUUUCUUCACAAUAAAACAGGCUUGAAGAAGGUUUUCUUCACAAUAAAACAGACUAGAAGAAGCAAGCGGAGGUUUUCUUCACUAUAAAACAGACUAGAAGAAGCAAGCGGAGGUUUUCUUCACAAUAAAACAGGCUUGAAGAAGGUUUUCUUCACAAUAAAACAGGCUUGAAGGUUUUCUUCACAAUAAAACAGACUACAAGAAGCAAGCGGAGGUUUUCUUCACUAUAAAACAGACUAGAAGAAGCAAGCGGAGGUUUUCUUCACAAUAAAACAGGCUUGAAGAAGGUUUUCUUCACAAUAAAACAGGCUUGAAGAAGGUUUUCUUCACAAUUAAACAGACUAGAAGAAGCAAACGGAGGUUUUAUUUACAAUAAAACAGGCUUGAAGAAGGUUUUCUUCACAAUGUAACAGGCUUGAAGAAGCAAGCGGAGGUUUUCUUCACAAUAAAACAGACUAGAAGAAGCAAGCAGAGGUUUUCUUCACAAUAAAACAGAAUAGAAGAAGCAAGCAGUGGUUUUCUUCACAAUAAAACAGACUAGAAGAAGCAAGCAGAGGUUUUCUUCACAAUAAAACAGCAAGCAGAGGUUUUCUUCACAAUAAAACAGCAAGCAGAGGUUUUCUUCACAAUAAAACAGAAUAGAAGAAGCAAGCAGAGGUUUUCUUCACAAUAAAACAUACUAGAAGAAGAAAGCGGAGGUUUUCUUCACAAUAAAACAGGCUAGAAGAAGGUUUUCUUCACAAUAAAACAGCAAGCAGAGGUUUUCUUCACAAUAAAACAGAAUAGAAGAAGCAAGCAGAGGUUUUCUUCACAAUAAAACAUACUAGAAGAAGAAAGCGGAGGUUUUCUUCACAAUAAAACGUCAAGCAGAGGUUUUCUUCACAAUAAAACGUCAAGCAGAGGUUUUCUUCACAAUAAAACGUCAAGCAGAUGUUUUCUUCACAAUAAAACAAGCAGAGGUUUUCUUCACAAUAAAACAAGCAUAAGGUUUUCUUCACAAUAAAACGUCAAACAGAGGUUUUCUUCACAACAAAACAGGCGCUGACGUCCAACUCGUGGUGUGUUCAGGACAGUUUUACACCUCUAUCUCAGAAGUUAGAGUAAGUUCUGCCUCAGCAUGUGUUAUUCCCGCCCUGAGGAGCCAGUGCAGCUAUCAGAAGUGAAGAGAAGGUGCAGGUGGUGUGACUGAAGUGACCACUAAGUGCCAAGAAGAAAAGGGACCAUGUCUCCCAGGACUGGACUGAAUAAGCUGAGUGCUUCUUACACUCCUUAACACUGGAUUUCAUUUACCUGCCAGUCUUUUCCUUUUGGACACCUGCAAUCAGGCAUCAUAUCAAUGUGUGUGUGUGGCGGCCAUGUUUGAUUUUCUAACCUGCACUCCCGAGUCUGUACGGUACAACAUGGCGUCACAAACUGUCUAACUUGAAACACUCCUGCUUUUUUUGAGGGGUGGGCAUCCUAAUCAAUGUUUUGAUUGAUUGGAAAGUUGGGAAUUGCAACCUUCCAUUAGUGCAAGGACUGCUUACCUGUUGAAGAUUGAUAGCCACUACUAUGCACCAACCAGCAGAGGCGCUGUUUGCUGGCUAGAGAUGGUUAGUGGCUAAGCCAGUAAUGGAAUAAUUGUUCAGACUACAAGAUGAUUACAGGGAUUGUGUGCCCAUCCCUACUCACUAUUUCUACAUCCUCUGUGUGUGUGUGUGUGUGUGUGUGUUGUGUUUGCACACUCAAGUGAUUUAUAGGACAUUUGUAAACACAAUAUAGUCAAUGUGUUCCAGUAGCAGGCAGUUGCCAAACAAUGUACAGUACUCACUAAACACCCGGAUUCAUUCCACAUCCAAGCUAUUUGAACCUGCUCCAAUCUGGUGUCAUUGCUCUGAGAUCUAUUUAUUAUGUGGACGAAAUAAACCCUUGAACAUGG